AUGUUAUCAAGAAAUUUAAAAACUUUAGUUAAAAAUAAAAAUAUAUUAUAUUUUACUACAUCAACUAGUAAAUCAAAUAAAAUUUAUGAAAAUGCAAAGGAAGCAGUUAAAGAUAUUCCAAAUGGUUCAAAAUUAUUAGUAGGUGGAUUUGGACUUUGUGGUAUUCCAGAGAAUUUAAUAUCAGCAGUACGUGAUACAGGUGUAAAGGAUUUAACAGUUGUUAGUAAUAAUGCAGGUGUUGAUGAUUUUGGAUUAGGUGUUUUAUUAAAGAGUAGACAAAUUAAAAGAAUGAUCUCAUCAUAUGUUGGUGAGAAUGCAACCUUUGAGAGUCAAUAUCUCAAGGGUGAGCUUGAAGUAGAGUUAACACCACAAGGUAAUUUAGCAGAGAGAUUAAGAGCAGGUGGUGCAGGUAUUCCAGCUUUCUAUACAAGUACAGGUGUUGGUACAGUGUUGGUGGAAGAAGGUGGUUUCCCAAUCAAGUAUGCAAAUGAUGGUUCAGGUAAAGUUGAAAUUAAGAGCGAACCACGUCCAACUCAACUUUACAAUGGUCGUAAAUAUUGUUUAGAAGAAUCAAUCACUGGUGAUUACGCAUUGAUUAAAGCAUGGAAAGCUGAUACUAGAGGCAAUUUAGUAUUUAGAAAUACCGCACGUAAUUUCAAUCCACCAAUGGCAACAGCAGCCAAAAUCACCAUUGCAGAGGUUGAAGAAAUCGUUGAUGCUGGUGAAAUUAAACCUGAUGAAGUUCAUGUACCAGGUAUUUAUAUUCAACGUAUUGUUAAAGGUCCAUCAUUUGAAAAACGUAUCGAACGUUUAACAGUCCAAAAAGAGAAAACUGGUGAAGCAGCUGCCAAACCAAAGGAUGAGGCAGCAGCCAAGAGAGAGCGUAUCGUACGUCGUGCAGCUUUAGAGUUUGAAGAUGGUAUGUAUUGUAAUCUUGGUAUUGGUAUGCCAACAUUGGCCAGUAAUUUCAUUCCAAAGGGUAUUAGAAUCGAAUUACAAUCAGAGAAUGGCUUAUUAGGUAUGGGUCCAUUCCCAAAAAUGGGCGAACAUGAUGCCGAUUUAAUCAAUGCAGGUAAGGAAACCGUUACAACCAUUCCAGGUUCUUCCAUUUUCUCAAGUGCUGAUUCAUUCGCAAUGAUUCGUGGUGGUCAUGUUGAUUUAACAAUUCUUGGUGGUAUGCAAGUUAGUGGUAAUGGUGAUUUGGCCAAUUGGGUCAUUCCUGGCUCAAUGGUUAAAGGUCCAGGUGGUGCUAUGGAUUUAACUUCAAGUGGUUCACGUGUAGUUGUCAUAAUGGAACAUACCACAAAACAUGGAAAACCAAAGAUUUUAAAGAAUUGUACACUUCCACUCACUGGUAAAUCUUGUGUAAAUAGAAUCAUCACUGAAUUGGCAGUUUUCGAUGUCGUCAAUGGUAAAUUAGAAUUAAUUGAAGUCGUUGAUGGCCAAACAGUUGAUGAUAUUAAAUCUAAAACUGAAGCAGAAUUUACUGUUUCAAAAAAUUUAAAACCAUUACAACAAGUUGAAAUUUAA